GGAACAUUCACACAUGCGCAGUAGAUAACAUGGUUUAGUUUGGAGAGAAAAGAAUGCCAGCCAGCCCUUAAAGAAUAUGAAUAAGUAGUCUUUUAUGGAGGUAAAUACACAAGUUUGAUUUUUUACAGACACAUAACAGCUACUAACCAACCCGUGAGGCAGUCUACAGUUUCUUUAAAUGUAAGGACCUGAAAAGAUCUCUAAGGAUGCCACUCUUUGGAAACACAUUCAGUCCGAAGAAGACUCCACCUCGCAAAUCUGCAUCCCUGUCCAGCCUCCACACGCUGGAUCGUUCAACAAGGGAAGUAGAGCUAGGUCUUGAGUAUGGCCCCCCUGUGAUGAACAUUGGAGGUCAAAGCUGGAAAUUUGAUGAGGGACAAUGGUUAACAGAAUCAGGUGGCAAUGCUUCUGGUCGGGAAAUGCAGCGACUUAAGAAAAGAAAUGUCCAGCUGGAGGAAGAGAACAACCUUCUAAAACUAAAGAUUGAACUUCUCUUGGACAUGUUAACUGAAACAACUGUGGAGUACCACCUGAUGGAGAAAGAAGUGGAAGGUAUGAAGACUCAACAUCGACGGAAGAAAUGACGAACUUGAUCUUAAGCCUUCGUCAAAGGACUUGUUUUUCCAUAUUUGGAGUUCAUUAAAAAAUGUGACUUUUGUUUUGUUUGCAAGAACAGAUAAAAUGCAUGCUCAUCAUUUUUGUCAUUAAAGGGAAUCUUGUGUUGUA